AUGUCUGUUGAUUCCGAUAUCCUGAUUAUAGGUGCAGGAUUUUCGGGUAUUGGCUUCGCAGUUCAGUUACAAAAGCUGUAUCCGCAAGCUACAUACGAGAUCUUGGAGAAGGCAGAUAAUAUUGGAGGGACGUGGUGGGUUAACACUUAUCCAGGAUGUGGAUGCGACGUGGCAUCGCACUUCUAUUCCUUUUCCUUUGAGCUGAAUCCGGACUGGAGCUGCAAGUUUGCUCCGCAGCGUGAGAUUGCAGACUAUUUACUCGGUGUUGCUCGAAAACAUGACAUUCCUCGACAUGUGCGCUUCGGAUCCACCGUGCAGAGUGCGGUCUUUGAUGAAAUCACGGGUACAUGGGUGGUAACUUUUGUCGAUGAAACGGGCACAUUGCAUCAGAAACGAUCAAGGAUUCUUAUUUCGGCUGUUGGGGCGCUUUCUGUGCCACGCGAGUGUGAGAUUAAAGGCGCAGAGCGAUACCAGGGGAAAUUGUUCCACUCAGCAAAGUGGGAUCAUUCGUUUGACUGGGCUGGGAAAGAAGUAGUGGUUGUUGGAAACGGAUGCAGUGCAACCCAGUUUGUGCCUGUCAUGAGCGAAGGGCCUGACAAAGCCAAGAACCUUGUUCAAUUCAGUCGCCAGCCUCACUGGCUAGCAGAACGGCCUAAUCCGGCCUACUCACGUACAUUCCAAUUGAUGAUGCGUUAUACACCCCUGGCCAUGCGUCUCUACCGGUUCUACUUGUACGCCAUGAUGGAGAAAGACUUCUUCGGAUUCUAUCAGGAAAGUGGAGGCCGCAUCCGUGAGAACCUCAAGCGCACGCAGAUCGAGUAUUUAAAGCGAACAGCACCGGAAAAGUACCAUGAAGCGCUUAUCCCGCGCACUGAGAUCGGAUGUAAACGUAAAGUCCAGGACACAGGGUACCUGGCAUGUUUACACCGGGAUAAUGUGGAGUUAGUUCACUCGGAUGGGAUUGAAGAAAUCACGGAGACAGGCGUGCGAACUCAAUCUGGACGCGAAGUGCAUGCUGAUGCUAUCAUCCUUGCAACGGGAUUCCAGACGCAGCAGGUGUUGUAUCCCAUGGAGAUUGUUGGUGAAAAGGGUGUCACUUUGAAUGAACAUUGGGAGAAGUUCUCAUCUGGGUCUGCCCAGGCAUACUAUGGAACGUGUGUCUCCGAGUUCCCCAACUUCUUCAUUCUAAUGGGUCCCAAUACUACCACCGGCCAUUUGUCUGUGAUAUACUCCACCGAAUGUGAGAUUAAUUUCUCCCUGCGAAUCCUGCGCCCGAUCCUCCGUUCACUCUACCCAUCCAAAAUCUGGUCAGCACUCACCUAUCCAUUCUCGGGACUCUUCAAUCCAGCGCCAAACACAGUCGCCGUCACACCCACCGCGGAGCAGGCAGACAAUAACUGGAUCCAGAAAGCUGCCAGUCAACUCGUAUGGGCCACAGGAUGUAGCAGCUGGUAUGUCGACGCGCGAACGGGACGGAACACGAUGCUCUACCCGGAUUGGCAGUUCAAUUAUUGGCUGCGAAGUGUAUUUAUCCCGUCACGAGAUUUGAUGUAUGGGCGCAGUCUUGUGCGGUUACCCGCCGAAGGAAAAGAAUCCCGGGAUCAGCGUCGGGAUCGCCGACUCGUGGGUGCUGGACUGGGCUUGGUGGCGAUUGUUGUUGGACUGAUGGUGCAUGGAUCGCAGAUAGAUCUUGACCUGAAUGGUGAGCUUGGCAAGGGAUUUAAAGAGGGGUUAAAUCGAGUACGCAAUGAGUGUCUGGCCAGGCUGUGUAGUCCGGGGAUUGGGUGGAAGGCAUAG